GCUUUAUCCUGCCAGUGUGUCCUGCACAGAACAAACUUAGUCACAGGAAACCCCUAAGCUCUCUACCAGCGCUCUAACAUACACUCUCUCUCUCACACACACUCACUCACUGCAGCAUGCUCACAGAAAGGAUGGCCAUGAGGAAAAUGAAUGAGAUGUGCACAAGGAUGGCUCUAACUUUAGUCUUCUAUGUUCUGCUAUUCCACAAUUGUAAGGGACAGACUGAGCCAGUAACUACACUGGCAGUAACUACAAUUCAAACAACGGGGAGAGAUCCAAAUGAUUUCACUCAGGGUUUGAAUGAAGAUACAGUCAUUACAAAUUCCACAGACUCCACAGGAAUCUCAUCUACUGAUGCUAAUAAAGCUACUGAUCACUCCGACCCUCCAAUCAUCAAUUUUGCACUUCCAGACAGCUCUGUUCAACAAACUUCUACAGAUCUAUUUUCUUCUGAGGCAACAACAUCAAACGGUGUUGUGUCCACCACUGUGACAGAAUCACACAGCACUAGAGGAGAACCACACAACACAGGAGAACCACACAACAGCCUUGCUAAUGAAAUAGACAGCAAAGGGGUCAAAAAGAACUUGGAGUCGCAACCAGACAUGAAUUCCACCACGCAGGCAAAUGUGUUCGUGCCCGUACUGGUGACUGGGCUAAUCCUUGCUGCUCUCCUGAUCGGAAUAUACGUAUGGAAGAACCACUGUCACACAAAGAAAAGUGCCAUGAAACUAGCAGAGGAUUCCUACAUGGGCGAUGAAGAAAACCAGGGCAACACUCUGGUGUCUGUGGCUCCUCUAAACCCACCUGAGAACCUGGAGAAGCCAAGCCUGAAUGGUGAGUCCCUAGAAGUCGUGAAGACCCAGAAUCCUCCUACCUCCACCAAUGGUCACUCUACUGCCAAAGCUGACACUGAGCUGUGAGAGUCCUUCUCAACUACACAGGCUCUGGGUCAAUGCUCACCGACCCAGUCCUACAAACAACACCAGGGAACAGACAAAACAAAUAAACAUGCUCCCUUUUUUCUCUCAUUAUCUCAAAACAAUUAAUACAUAAUAAGGGGUUAUUGAAUACAUUAUGGUGGUGACUAUUAUUAUUAUUAUUAUUAUUAUUAUUAUUAUUAUUAUUAUUAUUAUGCAAUUUGGAAAUGGCUCUUAAGCUGAUUUUGACCAGGGGUGGGUUUCCCAAAAUGUUUAUAAUGCUAAAUACUAUCUUGUUCCUAGGAAUGUCCAUUAAUUAAUGAGAUCUUUCCAAAAUCCUUUAUGAGUAACAUAGUAUAUGAACUUAACAGAAAUAAUGAUGAACCUAUUCCGUUUGUUUUCAUUAUACUUAUUUAUCAUCAUACAUACUAGGUACUUUAAUAAUUGGAGCUUGCAUGCAGUUCUACCUCAAAAAGGCAGAUGCUGCUCAUUUCUAUACAAAAAAGCCUCACAGUUUUAUGGAGUGUCUAUGAUCAAUUGCCCUAAAGUUAACAUCUGUCUGGCAAUGGUGUAAUGGGUAGCUUUACUGACUGUGUAGGGUUACACAUUGUUCAUUAUCAAUCAGGUUAGCUAGUCAAAACCAAAUGAAGCAAACUGCAUUUAAAACUGUGUUCAUGGUAAUCACUUCACAUGAAACCAACAAGUACAAGAGAUGAACAUCAAGUUAAUUUAAUUUAAUAAGGAAGUCUAUAUUCAAAGCCAUGGUAUAAAAUAUAACACAUUUAUCCGAGCUCAAGACAGAACCCAGGACUCUAGAGUUGAGAGGCAAUGAUGUUACCCUACUAUCGCACAUUCAUUUAAAUACUAGUCAGUAUAAAUAUCCUAAUGAGACUCAUACCACAUAUGUUAAACGAUUACAUUGAACUUAGCAGCAUUUCUAAACAGCCUUGCCAAAGAAAGAAACAACAAAAUAUUUCUAAUAACUAAUACUACAAGAGCAGCUACAGGGAAACCCACCCCACAAUAUCUGGUUAUAUCCCUUACCCUCCUUAAACACAAUCAAUCCUUUUAAAUAUAUCUAGUUGUUAACUUUGAAAAAAAUAAUAGGUUGUUUGGGUAAUAAUAAACAGUUAACAGCAUUCAAUUUGGUAUAAUGUUAAUAUUUGAUCGUAUUAUAUAAUGUCAGUCUGUUAUAAUGUGAAGGGUGUGAGUGUUGUGGCUUUCUGAGCAGAUGAAUACUGGGAGGGUGUCCUUCAAUAUGAUCGAUUGCUGGCUUCCACAAGUGUAUACAGACCUGGACAGAGUUUGUAGUUUGUCCCUGUUCAUGUCCCAGUGUUCCACAGGGUCCUAACCCUCCACAUGGCUCUUUUUGGGUCAUUCAAAGAACAAAUGAUUCAAUUGACGCAUGUGGGAGCUCUGCUUGUUUUUAUUUUUUUAUGUCCAUGUAUGAAUUGUAUUUCUAAAGAUUGGGAUGUUAUGUGUGAAUUAAAAAUAUGACUGAUGCCAUAUAUCAUUGUGUUGAUAUAAGCUUGUGUGCCCAUGAUAACAGUACUGGCCAACCUUUGUUUAUAAAACAAUGUGACAAUGUGAUGACUUGCAUAGUUAAGGUGAUUGUACAGCAUUUGUUCGGUGCUGGACUUCAUUAGAUAGCAAUUACCAUGAACGUCUUUUCAUCACUGCAAACCACAGCUCACACCGGACUUCAAAACCCUGUAAAACAACUACGGCUUUUAGGUGAUUGAUGACGGUGACCUCUUCAGUGGACCAAGACACACUAUGGAAUUGUAUAUUUGUCCUAAACCAGUAUUAUGGGGAUUUUUCUUUUCUUUUUUUUUUUUUGUGUAAUAUAUCUGGAAUUGCAUAAUUGUUUAGUAGUCUAUCCUGAAAAUUCCCUACUUCUGUUAUUUACACGCAAUAUUUAAUUUUAAAUUGCGGAUCAGCCAAAGGUAAACAAUGAACAAUGCAGAGUCCAGCUUAGAGUUGGCUUAAUGUGUACAUAGACUCCCACAGCAAUAGUUUUAGCAUGGCAGACAUGAUUAUUAGUUCUCUGUCUUAUUCUUUUCUGUCUUAUUUAAUUUAUCCUCUUUCUAUUUUUAACAAUCCUCUUUUCUGGGUCUGUGUACUACAAUUCUUAUAAACUGAAGAACUUCUUUGUUUUAAGUUUGGAAUAUGAAUAAAGUUUUGGAAACUAAA